UCAUGCACGAUUGAAGGAACGAUCGAUCGCUCGUGUCGGCAAGCUCAACUCGCCGCGACUCGUUCGUUCCCAGUGGUCGAGCAUCCGAUGGUCGCUGUGGUCUCGUGACUCACCCCGUACAUAUAUACGUAUACGUGCGAGAUACGUUGUACACCGUGUGUAACGUAAGCCGCACGGAGCAGCGAGCGGUUUUGCCGUCACCGAUUCUGGCGGAGACGUGUCCACGUAAGAACACGGAUUCUGAUGUAACGCGCGCGUAGCACGUACGAUACGUUGCUCAUCACCGUCGCAGCCAGGGAGAUCCUAAGCGUGUUGCAUGCGCACGUUCGAGCCGCGAGCGAGACGCCCUGAACAACGCUCGAAUCUCCUUUGCAUGGUAAGCAGCCGUUUUUAGGUUAGAAUCCACUCCUGGAUCUUGCACCACAAGAUUCGAGACGGAUCUCAAUCGCCAUCGAUCGCCCGUCGGUCCACGAUCUCCCACGUUUCACGACGCACCAUCAAAAUUUCUCGGAGCGCAACGUGACACCAUAGCUUUGCCUUUGUCGUUUUCGCAUAAUCGCUCUCCGAUCAUGUGAUUUGACGGAUUCGAUUAUGGAGCAUCGACCAGUUGCUUUUUGAGGUUAGGGUGUCUCGCAACAGACUUCUCUUUCUCGCUCGCGCACGACGGCUCAUCCAACCGCGUACGGAUUUGAUUACUCUCGAGAUCGAGAAAGGAAGUAACCUUUGUCACCGUUGUCGUCGUCGCAGAUAUUGAUGACAUCAAGACGAUACUCAACGUUGUAGUUGCUACACGCAUACAACUUUGACCCAAUCAGGAACUCAGAAUUUCUGUCAAAACAAAGGUGCAUACACUGUAAGAAAACAUGCCUCUGUUUGGAAAGUCUCAGAAGAGUCCAGCGGAGGUGGUAAAGGCCCUAAAGGAGGCGGUCAACGCGUUGGAACGCGGUGACAAGAAGGUAGAGAAGGCGCAAGAAGAUGUGAGCAAGAAUCUUGUGCAUAUUAAAAACAUGCUGUACGGCACGGCCGAGACAGAGCCACAGGCAGACAUCGUGGUGGCGCAACUGGCACAGGAAUUGUACAACAGCAACUUGCUGCUCCUACUUGUGCAAAAUCUAAGUCGUAUUGACUUCGAGGGGAAGAAAGACGUCGCGCAGGUUUUCAAUAACAUUUUGCGAAGACAAAUCGGAACUAGAUCACCUACCGUAGAGUACAUAUGUACCAAACCCGAAAUUCUUUUUACACUUAUGUCUGGUUACGAGCACCAGGAUAUCGCACUCAACUGCGGCACAAUGUUGCGAGAGUGCGCGAGAUACGAAGCGCUGGCUAAGAUUAUGAUCUAUUCAGAUGACUUUUACAACUUCUUCAGAUACGUCGAGGUUUCCACGUUCGAUAUCGCGUCUGACGCUUUCUCUACAUUUAAAGAAUUACUUACGAGGCACAAGAUACUCAGCGCCGAAUUUUUAGAGAUACAUUAUGAUAAAGUUUUCUCGCACUAUCAGAGGUUACUUAAUUCGGAGAAUUAUGUAACACGACGGCAGAGUUUAAAACUAUUGGGCGAGCUGUUACUCGAUAGACACAAUUUUACAGUCAUGACACGAUAUAUAUCGAAUCCAGAUAAUUUAAAAUUGAUGAUGAAUAUGUUGAAAGAAAAGUCUCGCAAUAUACAGUUCGAAGCUUUCCAUGUCUUCAAGGUGUUCGUCGCGAAUCCCAACAAACCGAAACCAAUCCUGGACAUACUGCUCCGUAAUCAGGAGAAGCUAAUCGAGUUCCUGACGCGCUUCCAUACGGACCGUUCCGAAGACGAGCAGUUCAACGACGAGAAGGCGUAUCUGAUUAAGCAGAUCAAAGAACUUAAGUCUGUACAUGAUAAUUAAGUCAAGGAAAUACAAUUAUUGCUACUGCUACGACUAA